GUCCCUGAAAUGUCCUGCCUCUGCCGCGAGCGACAAGAUCCAAGAACUCACCCGCACAGCACAAGACGGACAGGGCCGGAGAGCGAGGCGCCAUGAACGUGGAGGAGGAGGUCGGGAGGCUCAAGGAGGAGAUCCAGAGGCUCGGCCAGCAGCAACCCGACGGCUCCUACAAGGUCAAGUUUGGUGUCCUCUUCAAUGAUGACCGGUGUGCAAACAUUUUUGAAGCACUAGUUGGCACCUUGCGGGCGGCGAAGAAGAGGAAAAUUUUGACCUACGAUGGCGAGCUGCUUCUGCAGGGUGUUCAUGACAAUGUGGAGAUAACCCUCAUGCCUCCUCCCGCUGUCGCUGCUGCUUGAAGUGCACAGCACCACCGAGUCCCUACUGUCGUAUCGUUGAUAUGUUUGUAAUUUGUUGUGCCUAGAUUCUCAUGAACCAUUUGGUAUUCCCAGAAGACUACUAUUGUUUGAUGCAUAAAAUUGUGAAUUUGUGAUACUCAAGAAAUUGCAUUGCCUGCA